UCUUUUGUAAGAACAGGCAAGCAAUUCAAAGUGCAGGGCUUAGUUUUAGACUUAGCCCCAGCUUGAAAUAAACUGAGAAACUGAGUAGUGCUAUGAUAAACACAGAGUAAAACAGAGACAGGAAAUGGGGGGUCUUUGGGUAAUGAGUUCCAGCCACUCUUGAAACAGAAAGCCAGAGAAGGCAUUACUUGAAAAUAGUUUCUCAGUGACAGCUUAGUAAUUUUUAGCUUGUUCUUUUACCAUUAAAAGGGAAUGGUUAUUGCAGGUUUAGACUGCUAUUUUUCCAGAGACUGACUGGCAUGAUAUAUCUUUUGAAGCCGUUUAGAAUGAUAUUGCUGCUUGUUGCUAAAUGUGAUCUGCACUAAAACAAACAGAUGCUCAGUCUGAAGUUUGUACAGUUGUGUGCUGCAUAUACAUCCGUCGGAAGCAUUCGGGAGAAGUCUGAGGGACAGACUCAGAAGAUUUAAAUAACGUCUGAACAUGGAUCCAUGUUUUUAGAUGUGAGGGAAGGAAUAGGAAGAAAUCACAGUUGAGUUCUUCAGAACAAAGCUUUAUCCCCAACCCAAAUAGUUGCUCUUAAACCUGGAAAUAUAAUUGCUGAGAUGGGCCCAAAGCAUGGAUGGUGAGAUUGAUAUUUACAAGCACUUUACGUGGCUAAAGAGGUCUCAGGUGAAUCAUCAUUCUUCAGCUAAUAAUGAAACCUAUCAAGAACGAUUGGCACGAUUAGAAGGUGAUAAAGAAUCCCUCAUAUUGCAGGUGAGUGUCCUCACAGACCAGGUGGAAGCUCAAGGAGAGAAAAUUCGGGACCUAGAAGUCUGUCUUGAGGGACAUCAGCUGAAACUUAAUGCUACUGAAGAAAUGCUUCAACAGGAGCUGCUAAGCCGAACGUCACUAGAGACUCAGAAACUAGAUCUAAUGGGAGAAGUUUCGGACCUGAAGAUAAAGCUGGCUGGUAUGGAGAAGGAACAGAGUGAAUAUGAAGAGAAGCAGAAUAAAGCUGAGAGCCUGCUACAGGAACUCAAACAUCUCAAAGGAAAAGUGGAAGAGCUGGAAAACGAAAGAACCCAAUAUGAAUGGAAAUUAAAAACGACCAAAGCUGAAAUUGCCCAGCUUCAAGAGCAGCUGGCCCUCAAAGAUGCGGAAAUUGAACGUUUACAGAGUCAGCUCGCUAGGACGUCAGCACAUAAUGAGAUUGCAGAAAGAGAGGAAGUUUAUAGGAGAAGGCUAAAAGAGAAACAUCAAGAAGUUCAGCGACUGAAGAUAGGAAUGGAAUCGUUACUGGCUGCAAAUGAAGAAAAGGAUCGUCGAAUAGAAGAGUUAACAGUGUUGCUAAGCCAGUACAGAAGGGUGAAGGAGAUAAUGAUAGCAGCCCAUGGCUCAUCGGACAGAGUUCUGUCUGGUGGUAGUGAAGAGGAACUUGAAACAAGCUUGAGGAAGUGGAAUCCUGUGACUAAACCCCAAGGAGAACUACUUAAAACAGAGGUACCUCCAGCAGAUGUGUCACCAACUCUGGUGUCGCCAGUAACAAAAAAAGCUCUGGAAAUCAGCGGAAGUAUUCCAGUUCCUUCAAAUAACCUAAUUUCUCCACAUGAGGAAUCUUCGGAAAUCAGAAGUAGGGUUCCACAGAAAAAACUGUCAAGUAGUCUAGAGGACUUGCAGAGUGAAUCCCUGGAAAAGUAUGUAGACGGCAAACCAGUAGACCCUGUUGUAGAACAAGAGAAUAAGCCACACGUGAAAAGUAGCAAAUAUCAGACCUUACCUGGGAAGCUGCUUCGACCCACACCUAAUGGAGAUCAUGGAGUUUACAAUACAUCCGCUUCCCCAAACGUAUUUGGAAUGAAUGAUAAUGACGACAGCAGCACAAUGAGCCUGAGAGAAACAGAGAAUGAAGAUGGUACAAUAGCUUCAGAUGAUCUUUCGCCCCUCUGUUCUGGAACAGACACAGGUCUGCAGUCUUCGGUAUCUCCAGACUGUAAAAGGAGUCCAAAAGGCAUCAAGAAAAUCUGGGGAAAAAUAAGAAGAACUCAGUCGGGUAACUUCCCUGCAGAUGAUCUGGGCUUGGCCGAGUUCCGCAGAGGUGGUCUCCGUGCGACAGCUGGACCUCGACUGUCAAGAUCAAAAGAAACAAAGGGGCAGAAGAGUGACACCAAUGCACCCUUUGCCCAAUGGAGUACUGAAAGGGUUUGCAACUGGCUUGAGGACUUUGGUCUUGGUCAGUAUGUUAUUUUUGCCCGGCAAUGGGUGAGCUCUGGCCACACACUUUUAACAGCAACACCUCAGGACAUGGAAAAGGAACUAGGAAUAAAGCAUCCUCUGCACAGAAAGAAAUUAGUUUUGGCCAUAAAAUCAAUAAAUUCAAAACAAGACGAUAAGUCUGCUCAGUUGGAUCAUAUCUGGGUGACACGAUGGCUUGAUGAUAUUGGCUUACCUCAAUACAAAGAUCAAUUUCAUGAAUCCAGGGUGGAUGGGAGAAUGCUUCAGUACUUAACUGUGAAUGACCUUCUCUUUCUGAAAGUCACCAGCCAGCUGCAUCAUCUCAGUAUUAAAUGUGCCAUUCAUGUGCUGCAUGUCAACAAUUUCAAUCCCCACUGCCUACGUAGGAGGCCAGUCAAUGAGAACAUUUCACCUUCAGAAGUAGUUCAGUGGUCUAAUCACAGAGUGAUGGAAUGGCUCAGAUCAGUAGAUCUGGCAGAAUAUGCGCCAAAUCUUCGGGGGAGUGGGGUUCACGGUGGUCUCAUUAUUCUUGAACCUCGCUUCAAUGGCGACACAUUGGCAAUGCUGCUUAACAUUCCACCUCAAAAGACCCUUCUGAGACGCCACUUAACCACUAACUUUAAUGUGCUGAUUGGGCCAGAGGCACAACAAGAAAAAAGAGAAAUCAUGGAAGCCACAGCUUACACGCCUCUCACUACAACUGCAAAAGUUCGGCCAAAGAAACUUGGAUUUUCACAUUUUGGAAACCUAAGAAAAAAGAAAUUUGAUGAAUCUACAGAUUACAUUUGUCCUAUGGAUACAAGUCCAGGUGCAGCUAAUGGUACUCAGAAGAGCUAUGGUGGAUACAAAGGACUUAGUCCACUUUCCUCUGAUAAGGAAUUGGACAAACUGGAUCAGGUGGGACAAACAGAGUGAUGUCAUACUCAUCCCUCAUUCUCCUCAUGCAUUCCAAAGCUUGCAAAUAACAUUGUUACCAUAUAACAAAAUAUGUGCUGCAUCCGCAUGAACUCAUUGAGAACAUAUGGACAUUUUGAAGAGUUUUAUACUGAAAAUGUCACAUUAUCUUUCUAAGUGUAAACCUACCCAUCCAUCUGUAAAUCCUUUUUUCAGAAACAUAAAACCUUUACACUUCGAAGAUCAAUGUAUUUUGCCUGUACAGUUGAGGGUCAUGGUAAAAACAUUUGGUGUUUUUACUUUUAAUUUUCAUAAUUCAUAAAAUACUGCACAGGUAACUCCUUUUUAUCUUUGUAAGUGGCUUAUGAUGUAAUAAAUUUAUUCAGACUACUUUGUACAGAGCUAUCAGGAGACUUCAGUCUCAAAAACUGGACUGUAUAUUUUUAAUAGACUUGUUAGUAGAAGAGAGCAACAGUUUCACUCUUCAUGCAUACAUACAUGUAUGAAUUAAUUAUGCUUAAGCAGUAUAUGUAAAAGAUGCACCACUAAUGAACACUAUUAUCAUUGAAAUAAUAAAAUAAUACUUGAAUAAGUCCAUUUUGCUAUGUAUGUAGUGAUCCCUUUCUUUUGGUAAUAGAAUUGAGUUUAUAUGCCAUACCUCUAAGUAGUCAAAGGCUGAAACCAUGACAACUUUUUGACAUCUUCACUGUGAAAGUCUGUACAAAGUGAUGAAAACCUUCAAAAAGGAGCUACUGGGUACUUGUAUAGACUCUGCAGAGCACAAAAGCCAACCGAGGCAGACCUUUGCCUAGUAUAAAUUGUCAUAACUCCAUCUAUUGUAGUGGAUCAGUGACAUUUUACACCAGCUGAAGAUCUGACUUGGAAGCACUUUUCUCUCUGGAGCAGAAAGCAGUUAAUGAUCACAAAAUUGAAAAGACUAACUGCAACCAUUUUUCACCUGCAUGAUUUUACCACAUCUAACAUCUCAUUUUUGCUCAUCUGAAAUGUAGUGUCUUACUUAAUCUUUUUUUUUUAUUUAAUGGAUGUUUUGCACUGCACUAUUUAGAGGAGGCAGGUGAAAUGAAUGCUUUUUGUAAAGGCAAUAUGGUUCUUAUUUGGGAUCUCUUAUGUUAGUGUUUUCAGAAUAAAAUAUUAAGCAUACAAUGGAAAUGAAAGCGGAUCAAAACCUAAUAGAGUUAAAUGUCUAAUAUCACUAAUCUAAAUGUAGUUUGAUCCUUUUUAGUGACUGAAGGGAUAAGAAAUGUCCAAUUACCUAGAAAACAGUAGCAAGUGAGUGCAUUUACCAAUACUCAUGACCCCCAUUUCAGUUACUCAGUACAAUUGUAGAAGUUGAACCAAAUACAUCUAACAUUAAAGCCUGAUGAAAUUCCACCUUCAGUUAAACAAAUGACAUGGAGAGUACAUAGGUAAGAGUGUACGUAGACAUGCUUGUCUAGUGAAGAAUUAGUGCUUUUAAUGAAUAACAAAUGAACCCCUUGACAUUGUAGGCCAUCUGACAUCAUGAAGAUUGAUAUCCUUUUAUUAGAAUCAGCAAGACAGCAUGCUGGGUUUUUGUAUUGCCUGUCUAGUAGGAAUGCACCACACAAGUUAUUAAAUACAUCUUGAAAUGCUUCUGAAUGUUGUGACUAUGACUGUAACAAGUGCCUAAUUUAGGAAUAUAUCAAUAGGUUCACAUGAAAUACAAUGCUAACUCUGUGGAAUAUAUUUACCAGCUGAUCAAGAACACCGGUUCUCUUGAUGAGAAAUCUGUCUUCCUGUCAUUACUGCAUUUUUAUAGUAUUAUAAGGCGUGUUGGCAUGGUGAUUUUUUCCCCCUUUUGAUUUGUGAGUUUUUGUAUAUUUUUGUUACUUUUUAUAAUAUUCAGAGUAGCAAUUUAUUAUGCCAAGAUUUUCUUUUUCUCAAGUCAGGGACACCUUCCAAAGAUGCAUAUAGAGUCUAAAUAAAAUUGUAGCCAUUGUCUUAUUUGAUCAAGUUGCUGAAUGCUUUUACAGAUGGAACAUUCAGAAGGAACGGUAAUGCAAAUAGGGGCUCUUUCUCAAGGCAUAAACAAUCUCACGAAUAUGCUAAGCCAAGAUGAAAUGCUGAAUGACAAUAGAUUUUUAACACCCACCUUUGAAGACUGGAGAUGAUGUUUCAGCAUGAUCAAGAACACACAUACCUCACGCACACAUCCAGAUAAGUGGCCAAGGAAACUGGGUGCUAUAUGGCAGAAAAUAGCAUAUGCUUUUCUGCUAAUGAGUCAUACUUUAUAUGUCAUUGAUACAGCAACACUUUACAGGUAAAGAAAAAUAUACAGGGUACCCUAAUAAGUAUUUUUACCUAGAUGUUAAAAAGAAAAACUAUGCAAAAUUAUUUCUCAUCCAGAGUUGAGAAACAAAACCAGUAAAAGAUGUCUUUGCAGAUAUAUGGUGAAUAUAUGCACAGCUGAAAGCAAACUUUUAUAAUUUUGUACUUUUAUAAUUUACUUUCCACAUAGGGAUUAAUGUCAGUAGAUUGGCACCAUAGCCACAGGUUCAGAGUCUUCCUGAAUGAAGUAAAAGCAAUGAGGACAAGCCUUUAACAAUUCCAACUGCUCCUUUUCUCCUCGACCAAAUGGUGCAGCAGGUGCUAUCUUGGGGUCUGGCAGACAGCUACAAUGUUUACAGAACUGUUGAUGUAUAGACACGGCUAGUUUAGGAGCUUGAGAAAGCUGUCAGUGGGGGAGCAGGAACUUUGUUCCCUCCUCUUGUACCUCCGUUUGUCUCUGCUUUCUCUGUCCUGCUUAAAACACUGGGAUGGAGAGAGAAGACAGAUAAGCUUUCACACCUUGUGAAUGGCCAGUAGCAAAAGUGAGAUGAUGUAGUGGGCAUGUUCCCAGAAUAGGCCAGGAGGGAAUACAUUAAUCCUUAUUAUGCUUUUUCUCUCUCUGCCUAAAACCAGCAACAAUUAGAAGGACAAUUUGAGACCCUUGGAAAAGAUGAGGGACCCAAAAAGGUUACUUUGUUUAGUUUUUCUUGGUACUUAUUAUAAACACUGAGUGUGCUCAUAGUCAGGGAACAGACCUAACACCCAGCAAAGACAGCCUGCAUGUUGACUUUCUCAGACCAGGGUUCAACACUCCCCCUGCAGUUGCUUUGAAGUGCAUGCAAUGAAACUGGCAGCACAGCAUGGGGUUUGUUGCAAGUGAUGACAGCUCCUUGUACAAAUGGAAAGUUCUAGGAAGUUCUACUGUAUAUAGCCUUCUCCUAUAAAAAGCAAAAUGUAAGGAAGUACUAAUGGGCCAGUGGGCUCUGAACAUUUUGAAGUUGCCUGAACUGUGAGUCAGAGUGGCAUACAGAAUGGAGUUCCCUGAACUCAGAACUAGCAAUUGGAGGUGAUCAGCUGUAAGGCCUUUACCAGCCACUUUCCUUCUGUCACUGAAUUGCUUUCAUGCUACUGUAAGUAAUUAAAUGUAUAUGAACUUUGGAUAGUCACAUGACAGAGAUUUGGCCAGAAACAAGCUGUGAUGUUUGCAUGAGAACCCAGUGAUUUUUUUUUUGUAAACCUUAUGCUGUGUUUUGUUUUAUUUUGUUUCUGCUUCUGUUUGCCGGCUCCCUUCAUUUCAGGUUCAGUCCUUACUGAACAUAUUCCCAUUUGUGACUGUAAAGCCAGGGGGAACUUAAGUGACUUUUUAUGAAGCUUAGUUUGCCACUUCACCUCAGAAAGCUUUUGUAUAAAUGUUAAUUAUAGGAAUUAAAGCAGCUAUUUUCCACCAUGUCUAUUCUUGCUGUAUAAAGGAUAUGGCGAAAUUGUUUAAUUUAUAUACUUGACAAAGACUGGGAUUUCCAUGGGGAAGUCCCAUUGGAGUUAGUGGGAUCAGUUACACCUCCACUCAGUGCUUUCAAAAGGCAAGGAGUAUUAAUUAUCAGCACAGCGGACACUAAGCAUCUGAAAUGAAAUGUUCAGUGAUGAAUUAACCCACAAAGGCAGGAAUAGUGACUCAAGUGAUACCAUUACCAGUGCAAGAGAGGAAAGCAGUGUUAUACUGCUGACAUAUUUCCAGGAGGCCUGACUGGAUUUUUUUUCUAAUUUAACACUUUAAA